CUUUUGAACAUCCACAGAACCAGGAAGUGAAAGUGUACACAUGGAGGGUGUGUCCUUCCCUCCCAGCGCUGCGUGUUUUAUUUUUAAAAUCGCAGUCCUCCUCCGCGCUUAAAGUCAUGGGGGACUCGGCCAGGUCCAAGCGGCGAGAGCAGCUCAAGCGUUGGGCCGGCUCCUGCACGGACAAAGCCUCGGCGGUGCCCAGGAGGAGGUGGAGGGGCGACGCCGAGGAGAGCGUUCCACUAAACCCGGAGGCCAAGCUCUGUGAGCAGCCAACUAACCAACCAGAGUCCGGGGAAGGAGAGCAUAUAAGUCCUCUUAUCAAGAGACGGAAAAGUGUGAGGUUCGAUCGUGCGGCUGAGUUCUUGGCGACAUGUGCGAGUGGAGACACAGACGAGGCCCGGGCAAUGCUGACCGAAGCUCGACUGACAAACAGAGAAGAUGGUCCAGACAUCAUCAACUGUUCAAAUGCAGACGGGAUAACUGCUCUUCACCAGGCCUGUAUAGAUGGCAGUUUAGAGAUGGUGAUGUUCCUGUUGGAAAAUGGUGCCGGUGUGAACCAGGUGGACAGCGAGGGAUGGACUCCGCUGCAUGUGGCUGCCUCCUGCGGAUAUUCAGAGAUAGCAGAGUACCUUCUGCAGCAUGAUGCCUGUCUGUCUGCGGUGAACUGUGAUGGUGAUGUUCCUUUGGACAUUGCACUGGAUGAAACCACAGAAUCACUCAUUCAGAAAUUCACAGUUAAACAAGGUGUGGACUUGGAGGCUGCCAAACGGAUGGAGGAGGAGCAGAUCAUGACGGAUGCUCGGGCCUGGCUCACAGAGGGGCCCCCAGUCGAUGUACGACACCCCAAAACAGGAGCCACCCCCCUGCAUGUGGCUGCCGCUAAAGGCUAUCUAGAGGCUCUCAAAAUACUGUGUCAGUGUGGACUGGAUGUUUCGGCCAAAGACAACGAUGGUUGGACACCUCUCCACGCAGCGGCACACUGGGGUCAGGGAGAGGCCUGUCACAUUUUGGCUGAACAACUGUGUAACAUGGAGGCACGCAGCAACUCUGGCCAAACACCAUUUGACGUUGCAGAUGAAAGCGUCGAAGAGCUCCUUGAGGAGUUAUCACAGAAACAAGCCAAUUGGCGUAAGGAACAGUCCAUAUUGGACAGACAAAACCAGCAAGGCUCCACCACUGCAAACGCACAAAACAAACGGCGGAGGAGCUCUGUCUGCAGGAUGAGCAGCAAAGACAAGAUGAAUGUACAGGACCAGUCUAAAGAAAGGGGUGUGUCUGGAGACGAGUUUAGUGAGGAGAAAGAGAGCAGUCCUGAAAGCUCUGCAGUUUCAAGUCCAGACACAGAGAGCAUGACCACUUCUACUAUUAGUCCUGCUGACAAGACCCCAGAAGAGAACGAUGACGAGGAGAAGGAGCAGGACGACAAGGCAAACCGCACAGCACGAGUCCAACCCACUCCACAAACAAAAGACUCCCCUGCCGAUAGCCCCAACACUCCCAGCUCUGAUCGCAGAAAGUUCCAGGCUCCAGUCAGAGACGAAGAGUCUGAGUCCCAGAGAAAAGCUCGCUCUCGGCUGCUGCGUCAGACACGCCGCUCCACACAGGGGGUGACCCUCACAGAUCUUAAAGAAGCAGAGAAGAAUGUUUCCAAAGCAGCUGAGCAGACUCCUGCUCGGACUGUCCAACCAGUGAGCCCCAUCAUCACUCUGACCCCCGCAGAAAGAGACACUGACCCAGUGAAGCAGGAGGAGCCUGAAGUGGAGAAGAAGCUGGGCGUUCGAGACCGGAGGAGAGGGAGGAGAGAGAGGCGCUCCACAGGGAUCGUCCAGACGGGAGGAGAGAAUGAUGAAGAGGAUGCUCAACCAGAGGAAACCAAUGGGGACAGCACAAUACAAGGGAAUAAAUUUGACGAUUCAUCUGCUGACUAUAGGACGCUGUACUUCAAGGUGCUGCAGGAGAAUCUGUCUUUAAAGGACCGGCUGCAGGAGACAGAGCUGCUGCUGAGUCAGAACAAAGUGGAGCUGGAGAGACUGCGACAGAGUCAAGAGGGAACUACUGACCGGCCGGCACUGCUAGAGCUGGAGAGAUUCGAGAAACUGACUCUACAGCGGAGAGCAGUGGAAAUGGAGGAUGAACUCAAGAUUUUGGGAGACCUGAAAGCCGACAACCAGAGACUCAAAGAUGAAAACGCUGCUCUUAUUCGAGUGAUCAGCAAACUUUCAAGAUGAAUCAUUGACAGUAUGUGACCAUAUGUAACAGUAUGUAACAGAAUACAGACAACAAGACCAGAGCUGGUGUCGAGAGCACAUCCAAAUAACACAACUGGAAUCUAUCAGGGUUUUGUCCUGCAUUUGGGCCUCUGUAAACUUGCAAUGUGUUUUGGCAGAACUACUGUAAUACAAGCUCCACUGGACCUGCUGUGGACUGACGAGAUGUUCAUAAUAACAUCCACUUUUAUAUUUUUAUUGUAUUUUUAAAUGGGAUGUUUUAAUGUGCUUUAGUUGCCACAGUGUGUAUAGAAUCUGUGUUAAGAAAUUUUAAAGCCAUGCAUGUGUUGGUCGGUUAGAUCAUGGCCUGUUGCUGGAGAACAAAAUAUAAAGAUUUUAGAAUUUUCCAACUUAAGGUAAAUAGAUUGUUUGAAUAUAGUAAAAUAAUACACAGAACACAGGACAAAUUUCAGUACUAUCCAUCUUUAUAAUUGACAGUAAAUAAUUAAAAGUUGUUCCAAUUUAUAUUUACUGACAACCUUAGACCAUUUAAAUGCAUUUUAUGUUUUGGAAAAGUAAUUAUUAUGUUUUUCCAACAUAGUUAAAUGUUUAAAAUUUGUAACAUUGAUCAAAAGAUUUGGUUAUUACCAUAUUUUUGAUGUAAAUAUUGUAUCUUUUUAUGAGCAAUCUCAUUCUAAGUAUAGUAAAGAUCGUUAUUUUUAGUUUCUUAUUUUUGGUAAGACAUGUGGACAAAACAUGUGGGAAAGCAGAAUUAAUUAGAUUAUAAUAUGUCAGUUGCCUUUAUACUAAUAUAUCUGGAACUAUCUUCCAGCAACAGGCCUUUGGUGGCUAUAAGAGACAGGCUUAUGUGCCAAAAAUACCUUCUGUUUUUGGGAGUCCUUUGGGAAAAACUUUUAAGUGGUCAGUAUUGCUUCUCAGGACUAGAUCUGUGUCUGAAUUUAGCCGACUGUUAACCAUGGACCAAAAGCUGCAUGCUAUUCUCCCCAGUGCUUCAAAUGUUUAUUUAAAUUGUAUUGUAUUUAUGUACAAAAACAUCUGUCCAAAUGUAAAGGUUAUUAAAGGUGCACUAUGUAACUUUUCCUGUUACGGAUUACACAACCUACUUGACCUGAAAUGUUCCGCAAUAUGACAACAAAUUUAUCAAUCUUGCAUUUAUUCAAUUACAGAUGUUUAUAUUGCUUAAAAAAAAAAAAAAACGCAAAUGGCACAGUUCUGACCUGUAACUUGGCCUGUUGGUCUCACCUGCUUGUCUCCAUGGAGAUAAGGUUAAGGCCAUAGUGUGGGACAUUUCAGGUAAAGUCAAAACAUGCAGACCACCUGGUGGCCAACCCUACACCAGAACAGUUACAUGGUGCACCUUUAAGUUGUGAAUGGACAGCCGUGGGUGCUAAGGGAAUUGUAUUGAAAAGGUUUGUUACGAUCAUCUCAUGUUUUAAUGGAGAAUGCUUGUGUUUAUAAUUUGUACUGUAAGUAGCUGUACUUUUUGCAUUACCGCUCCGGAAAGCAUUUUCCCUUUACAAGUAUUCAUCUAACUGUUAUACAACACAAGUGGCCAAUAUGGGUCAACUCUGAAUGUUUACGACACUUGUAACAAAAAACUCCCUGCAUGUCAAAUUGUAUUAUGAUGCUGUGCCUUUUAACAUUUGUAGGUAUUGGCCUAACUUUUCUAUUUGCUUUAGAAGAGUAUCAUUGUUUUGUUAAGUGAGAAAUAUAGAAUUAACACACCUGC